AUGGAGGUCUUAAUCACAACAAUCGUGGCAACUAGUCCUGAGGUUUACAUCGUGAACUAUGCUGGUGGCGAGAACCCAUUACUUCCCAGCGGUGUUGAUGCCCAGAGUGCCUUGAAUGCAUUUUCCCAGGAAAGCGGUCAAGUCACUGGAGGCGGCGGAGGUGUCGGCGGUGAUUUCGGAGGCAGUGGAGGUGUUGACAAUAACUUUGGAGAUGGAAUUAGCGGUAGGUUCGGAGGUGGUGUUACUAGCCGAGGCUUUGUAAGUGGUGGGGAUAACGGAGAAUUUAUCUUCGGUGGAAGAGGCGGUGGAUUCAUCACAGAAGGUGGUUUCGGUGGAAGUUCCAACAGGGAAGAUACCUUAAUGGGCGGGGUUGGUUCUGGGUCGACCUGUGAGGGUGAUGAGAGCAGGAGAGUGGAGCGAGAGGAAAUGUGA